CUGUCAGAGAGGGAGGCGGCGAUGGUGCGCCCGGUGGCCGCGACGACGACGGCGGCGGCGGCGGCGGCGGCGGCUUCCUCGGUCGGAUUGCCAGGAAGAGAAGAUGACUGACCAACCGACUGGUUGAAUGAAUGAAUGGCGGAGCCGAGCGCGCCAUGAGGAGCCUGCCGAGCCUGGGCGGCCUCGCCCUGUUGUGCUGCGCCGCCGCCGCCGCCGCCUCGGUCGCCUCGGCCGGGAAUGUCACCGGUGGCGGCGGGGCCGAGGGGCAGGUGGACGCGUCGCCGGGCCCGGGGCUGCGCGGCGAGCCCAGCCACCCCUUCUCUGAGGCGACGGCUCCCACGGCCCAGGCCCCGCCGACCGGCCCCCCGCGCGCCACGGUCCGCCGAGCCCCGGCCUCGAUGCCCCCAGCCCGGCCCCCGGAGCCCACCCCUCCCCGGGCCACCGCGGGACCCGCGGCGACCUCCUCCCGCGCGCCGCCCGGCCGCUCGCCGACCGCUCCUCCCGAGGCGGAGCGCACUGCCACCACCCCGGUGGCGCCGACCGCCCUCUCCACGGCCACCGACCGGGCGCCGACCACCCCGGUAGCGACCACCGUUUUGGCGCCGACCACUCCCCGGACCCCGAUCGCCGUCCUCCCCAGCAGCAGCAGCAGCAGCAGCAGCAGCCGCCGCGUCCCGCCCACCCCACCUGCCACCGAGCCCCCCUCCCCUCCUCCCCCAGAGUAUAUGUGUAACUGCUCAAGGGUUGGAAGCCUCGAUGUGAAACGCUGCAAUCAGACCACAGGGCAGUGUGAGUGUAAAUCAGGUUAUGAGGGUCUUCACUGUGAAGCCUGUGAGAAGGGCUUUUACCUGAAUCACACUUCUGGCCUCUGCCUGCCAUGUCACUGUAGUCCCCAUGGAGCCCUCAGCAUCCUUUGCAACAGUUCUGGAAAUUGCCAGUGCAGAGUGGGUAUCACCGGCUCUACGUGUAACAGAUGCCAAGAUGGAUAUUAUGGGUUUAGUAAGAAUGGCUGCUUGCCCUGCCAUUGCAAUAAUCGGUCUGCCAGCUGUGAUGCUCUUACAGGUGCUUGUUUAAACUGCCAGGAAAAUAGCAAAGGGGAUCACUGUGAAGAAUGCAAAGAAGGAUUUUACCAGAGUCCUGAUGUCACUAAAGGAUGUCUUCGCUGCCCUUGUUCAGCAGUGACAUCUACAGGCAAUUGCACAAUAAAAUUGGAUGAAUUGGAACCUACAUGUGUCCAGUGUAAAGAUGGUUACACAGGCAAGAACUGCAAUACAUGUGGAAAUGGCUAUUACAAUUCCGACAGCAUCUGUAUGCCAUGCCAGUGUCAUGGCCAUGUGGAUUCAAUUAAAACUCCAAAGAUUUGUAAGCCUGAGAGCGGUGAGUGCAUCAACUGCCUUCACAACACCACUGGGUUCUGGUGUGAGAACUGCCUGGAAGGUUAUGUCCGAGAUCUCCAGAGAAACUGCAUUAAGAAAGAAGUUAUUGUUCCAACACCUGAAGGUUCUACCAUUUUGGUUUCCAAUGCCUCUUUGACCACAUCAGUGCCCACCCCUGUUAUAAAUAUUACCUUUACCCCCACAUCCCUGCAGACUACCUUUUCAGUAAGCUCCUCUGAAAACAGCACUUCAGCCUUAGCUGAUGUAUCAUGGACCCAAUUUAACAUCAUCAUUUUGACAGUCAUCAUCAUUGUGGUGGUGCUGCUGAUGGGAUUUGUGGGGGCGGUAUACAUGUACCGUGAGUACCAGAACAGGAAGCUCAAUGCCCCCUUUUGGACCAUCGAGCUGAAAGAAGACAAUAUCAGUUUCAGCAGCUACCAUGACAGCAUUCCCAAUGCAGAUGUGUCGGGAUUGUUGGAAGAUGAUGGCAAUGAAGUGGCUCCCAAUGGGCAACUGACCCUGACGACACCCAUACAUAACUACAAAGCCUAAGGAGGUAGAGCUGUUCUCCUGGGUUGUUUAAACCACAGUGCUUAUUAAAGCAGCAUCACCCUCUGAGCCAGACAAAGCCUGGGCAGAGUUUGCUGAGAAAGGCAAAUAGUGUACCUGAACUCGUCAGGUACAAAUGCAAUGUGCUUAACCUAUCUGUUGCUCUUAGUUUCCCAUGAAGAUCUGAAGGAUUCAUGUCAUUAAGGACUUAAAGUAAAGUAUAUUUUUGUAUCAAACCACAUGGGAGUAUGGAAAGGCUGAAUCUCGUAGUGCAGCCCAAAUCCACUUGGAUCUCCAAAUAGACCAUUGGAGGUACUCAUCUCACAGCAGGGUGGAGGGCAAAUGGACUGCUGCAAGACUUCAUCUCCAUUCCUGGAACAUGUUAUGUUUAAAGGAGGAGCAGGGACUAUAUUCAUUGUACCAUGCAAAAAGACACAAUGGAAGAAAAGCUGGUGUCUAGGCUGGAUUAUAAUAAACAAUCUUGAUUGUAUCUAGACUAGGGUCAGAAAGGUCCCUAGGUGAUCUUUAGGGCUUGAUUUCUUUUUUUUCCUCCUAGGAUUCUCACUGGGUAGUGAGAUUAAAGCACAGGACAAGCUUCUAAUGGUGAAGGCAGCAUUGAGGGAGCAGAAAGCUGAUGGUCCUCCUCAGGGGCUCAGUGUAAAUGAUAAGUUAUCUAAAAAUAAGGAAUAUUCCUGCCUCUCUAAAAAUAAGGACUAUUCCGGUCUCUAGAAAAAUAAGGUGUACAUAGUUAAUGUAGCAUAUCUGGUCAACAUUGUAUUUGUAUCUAUUUGUAAAAAAAUCAUGUCAUAUUUUAUCAUCUAGAAUUUAUUUGUACAGCAGCUAAAUGGUGUUGUAAAAAGGAAAUAUGGGGGUUGGCUAAAAUACUGUAAAAUAGGUGGCAAUAUUGCUAGAGCUGGGACUCUGGUGAGCAUCAGUCAUUUUUAGUCCCUCUUUGGACCUUGUUGAAAUUUAUAAGAGGUUGAAUGUUUCUAAUUUUUCUUUCCUCUCUCAACCUAAAAGUAGAGCUGUGUGCUCUUUACCUUACUGUAGAUUCAAGCAAUAGAUUUUGAAGUUAGUAAUUGUUAAGCUAGGACAAAGACUUCAUUCUCCAAAACUGUUACCUAACUAUACACUAGUCAUUCUAAAUGUUUCACAUAGAUUGCUGUAAAACAUUCCUCAUUAAAAUAUUUUUCCUGAAUGUAAAAGAUAGUCUUCCAAAAGAUAGAAAUAUUUGAGUUCCAAAAGAAAAGCCAUCAUAUCACACGUUUUCAUGCCUGUAAAACAUUUUUAUCCUUCCAUACCCCAAAAUAACUCAUGUCCUACAUUUGAACAUACCCUAUCACUGAUUUGUCAUGAGAGAUGUCCCAUUUUCUUCAAUGCUUCAGUUUUUCCAGCUUCUUGGCUGGUUAGCGGGUAGCUCUGUAGUUGGGUGUGUAUAGCUAGUCCUUUCUUUCAGAUGCAGGUUUUCAUUUCCCAGAUACCAAUUGCUAUUGCUCUCAUCUUUUACGAUAUUGACAUGUAGAUUAAGCACACCAAGAAAGGUAGCCAGAAGUUGAAUAUAGAUAUUCAAUAUAUUUAAGAGGAAGAACGACAAACUGUGAAGUGGUCAGGAAAAAGAGCAAAGACUGCUUACUAGAUUGGAUAGACUGGACCCAAGGAAUCCAAAUUGGCCUGCUUACCUAACUUCCUCAGGGAAACAAACAAACAAACAAAUAGAAUUUGGUCCCUUUCUUAUAGAACACCCCCAAGUUGGUCCCAGAGUUUGGAGAUGAUGUCCUUGAGGAUGUGUUGGCAGAUAAUCUGCUUCAAGUUAACUUGAAGGCAUUCUGCAUAUUUGACUAUUGCCCACAAGAGUAGACAUUGUGUUACAUUAUAUUAAAAAAAAUUCUUAAGGGCUAGAGAUACAGCUCUGUGCUACAGAACUCUUGCAUGUGUGAGGCCUUAGGCUCAAUCCCAGCAUCACACACACAAAAAUCAAUAUGUGUAUUGCCCUUUCUAGUUUACAAAACACUUUUCUAUGUACAUCCUUAGUUUAUUCUAUCUCUCCUCUGAGGAAGUAAUUUUUACUCAUUUUAUAGAUGUGAAGACUGAGGCACAGAAGGGCUAAAUGUGUUGCUCUGUGACACACAAUGUGUGUCAAUAUUAGGCUUCAAAUUUGGACUCCCAGUUUUGCAGCGUAUAGUCUUUUUGACUGUGCUAAUGCAGAAAUUGCCCAGCCAUAAACACAAGAAGACUGGGAGGAAGAGGCCCCAGUGUGGAUGUAACUAUGAGGUGCAAUUCAGGGUCACAGAGCCAUGAAAGAUUAUGAGGAGAAAACACACACACACACACACACAGGAGAAUUCUUAUCUAAAGCCACUAUUAGUGAUACAAAACAAAAAACAAAGUCCAGUUAUGCUUUGCUAACGUGAGUUAAUCCCUCCAAGCAGGGGGAAACUUGCUUUCUCAACAGUUGCUGCUUAGGUGGUAUAUACUGUUCUAAAGGAUUAUGCAAAGUAGCAUAGCCUUUCUCCCUAAUACCUCACCCUCUGGGGAAAAAAAAAAGGUCAGGAUUGAGGAUGAUGGGAAAUAAACAUUUGUUAAAAACAAGUUAACUCAAUAAAGACAGAGGAGUGUUUAUUGGGAUCCAAAAGCCAAAGCCAAAAUAGAGUUCUGACUAUGCAGAGGUUCCUUGAAACAAACCUGAAAAGAUAAUGCUAAAGUUACAUCACACAGAACGUUUAUAUUUAAAUACUUGCUAACUUUAACUUCACCUCUUAGGUCAUAUUCGUAAUUUUUCACCAUGGUGGGAAAACUAAGACCUUUGUACUUGUUUAAAAUAAUAUUUCUUAAUGACCUCAGCUUUUUGCUUGUGGAAUAAUUUUGUUCUAAGUAUAAAUCAUGCGUUGCUCUACCCUUGAAGUCAGAUGAGAAAACUGGUAUGAAAUCCCCUGCACAAUUUUCAUUCCUCUGAAGCUAUCCCUUGAAAGAUGGCAUCCAGCGGCCGAACCCCAUCAGUCCUCUAGAAAGCCUAAUAUUGGAAGAGUUGUAAGGGUUAGAAAUACAUUUGUUAAAGAAAUACCCAUGUGAAUCUUAUCAAGAAAUGACAGUUAAUGCUAUUAAAUGAUACUUUUGUCUUCACUAAUUCAUUUUAGUAAACCCUUACGCAUUUUUAAUUAACCCAUUUUAGUAAACCCUUAUGUAUUUCUGAUAGAUGUUUUAGGUAGCAUUAAAUAGGUCUUUGUACUCCCUCACCUCGCUCUUCCCCUCUCCAUUUUCUACUUUCCAGGGUUCUUUUUAUUAAUGGAAUUUCUCCAGCUAUACAGAAAAAAAAUAAGUAAAAACUCUCAUAUGUACCAGAGUCCUAUGGACUUAAUGAAUUACUUUUUCCAUGGAUACCUGGGUUUUAGGAGAGAACAGAGCAGACAUGGAAUGAGAGGAUAGAGAUUGGGUGGGGGUAAGAGGAGCAGAAUUUGUAUAAGCUUCAAAUUAUAGGGCUGUUCUCUAGUCCCAGUAUUUCCAGGAUAAGUGACUACUAAGCAAUACUCAGUGAUCUACUAGUUCAUUUGGGUCAACUGCGUACCUUCAAGAUAUUUAGCCCUUGACUGAAGAAAUGGCUCAAGUGGUAGAGCACCUUCCUACUAAGUACAAGACCCUGAAUUCAGACUCCAGUUUUUAGCCCUUACGCUGUUCUGGAAUCAGAGAGCUGAAGCAGCCAUACUUCCUCUUGUUAGAUUUUGAUCGAACACAGGUUGUUAGAUCAUUUGCCUUGGUUCUAUACCUAUUGUAGGAUAAUAUUCAUACAUGUGAUAAUAUUUAUACAUGUGAACUUGUCAUGACUUACAAUAAAUAUUCCCUGAUUUUUAUAUUUUGAGGUAAGUUAGGUAGGAGUUGAAUUUCACAUCACAAGGGAAGUUCUCUGACAAAAUAUUAAAAGGAGUAAGAAGCAAACCAGUGUGACCUGUUAGAGCUAAGAAAGUCUUUCUGACCUUCUCCACAAAAGACCUUUUGGUCUGUUAAGAUCUUGCUAGUGAAGAGUUUAAGAGCUAAGAUAGGUUUGGUUUGUGCUGGAGUGUAAUAGGAAGUGAAUGCAUUUUUCUCUUGAACCCUGAGCCAGUGACUAUGCCAAGGGGAAAAGCAGGAAGAACAUACUGAUUCAUCUAAAGAAAUCAAAUAAUAUCAAAUGUUGAAGGUUAUGAUCACUGAAAUGUCAGUGGUUUCGAAUGUUGCUUUUUCAAAGGCAGCUGGGAAUCUUUUUGUGUUGUUGUUGCUAAUGUACAUGCACUAACUGUAGCAGCAGUCCUAGGGUGGGAGCCCAGGGCUUCAGAUUCAAGUUAGUCUAAAAGCUAAAUGAUUUAAAGUCAAGUUUUAAUGCUAGGCACAAGCACUCUGUAAGAAGUUAAAACUUAGCCCAAGCAAUUAUGGAAUGUUUCUGAAACAAUAAACUUAUAUUUAUGUCACUAAAAUUCUAACACAAAUUAAAAAAAACAUGUCUCAUACAUGCUCUUCUAGGCUUCAUGAUGCAUUUCUAAAUUUGUGUAUGAUUUGAAUAUAUGAAAGAAUUUAUACAAGAGUGUUAUUUAAAAUUAUUAAUAAAUGUAUAUAAUUUGUA